CAGACGAAGUGUAUGAAAUACUGAAGAAUGAACCAUGAUCGACAACUUAACAGAAAAUAUGUACGGUAUCAAGUUACUCGUCAGCAAAGAUUUUAAACAGAACAAUGUAUGGGGGUCUUUUAACAAGACGGAGGCAGUCGAAGCGAGUGCUGUCAACGUGUCAAGAGUGAACCAGACAAUAUAUUCACUCAGCGACGAUGAGUACAUAUUCGACAGAACGGAUGUUAGAGCUAUAUUCAUUACCCUCUAUACGAUCGUGUUCUGUUGCUGUUUUUUUGGUAACUUGCUCGUUAUCCUCGUGGUUACUUUAUCGAGGCGGCUGCGCUCCAUAACCAACUUCUUUUUGGCGAACCUCGCCGUGGCAGAUUUAUGUGUCGGCGUGUUUUGUGUCUUCCAAAAUUUGACUAUAUAUCUUAUACCGAGCUGGGUGUUUGGUGACUUCUUGUGUAAGAUGUACCAGUUUGUACAUUCCUUGAGCUACACGGCGUCUAUAUUCAUCUUAGUGGUGAUAUGCACAGAGAGAUACUUCGCUAUAAUACACCCCAUCACUUGCAAGCAAAUCCUCACUUCGACGCGACUUAGGUUGGUGAUUCUUGGCGUCUGGAUUACAAGUGCAGCGUACAGCGCUCCUAAGUUCAUUUGGGUGGAGACCAUAACGAAUGACCUGGGCGACGGGCACAUGGAAACAAUAUGUAUCCCACACCGAAGGAAAUACAACUCUGAAUUAUUCGACAUGGUGAACUUUGGCCUUCUCUACGUGACUCCGUUAUGCGUCAUGACGGUCUUAUACACUCGCAUCGCUGUGGGGCUGUGGCAGAGCUCCCACGCGCUGCAACAUUUGGAGCGAGUGCAGUGCUGCGCCACACAGUUCCCACGUCCAGAAAAAUCUAGUAAUACUGCUUAUGAUGCACAACGAACCCUCAUUGGCACCAAUGAUGAUAAGAAAGUAGCGACGAUGAGCAGCAGCACCCAGUCUGGGAAGACAACGACAUCGAAAGCGACCCGUGGACACGAAACACGCAACUGUCACCACCUCAGCCACUUGUCGCGCAACGUGUUGCGUGCGCGCCGCGGGGUCGUGCGCAUGCUCAUAGUGGUUGUGCUCACCUUCGCUAUAUGCAACCUUCCCUUCCACGCUCGAAAGAUGUGGCAGUAUUGGUCCAGUGGAUACGAGGGCUCCAGCGACUUCAGCACUCUCCUCACGCCGCUCACGUUCCUCAUCACCUACUUCAACUCUGGCAUAAAUCCACUCUUAUACGCUUUCCUGUCCAAAAAUUUUAGGAAAGGUAUGAAAGAGCUCAUAUUCUGUAAUUGCCAUGGAAAAAGGAAGAGCGAAAACUUAAUACUAUUAAAUCCCGUGGGAGGCGUCGGCCUGCGCAGGAGUUCGACCCGCUCCACUCGCGCUAACUGCAGCACGGUCACCAUAGCGCCGAAUGGGGAAUCAUGAGACAUGCGUCGGCGGCGCUUCCUGUACAAGGUGGAAAAUAUAGAUAUUUCCUGAUUAACAGAGAGCACCGACGAAGUGACUGACAGCAGCGGCUUCUACACUGUCUCUACAGUCUCUAGGCGUGAUCUCUACGACUAGACACUAGAGACGUGCACCAGCAGGCGCUGACGUCACUUGUUCCGUAUAAAACUUUUAAAGACUUCUUACAAACUUCUCUGAUUAGCUACGACGCUAACUGUGAGUAAGUGUGAGUGAUUGUGAACUUAGUGAUCUCGCGAGCUUAAACUUAGAGUACGUAUGUUAUUAGAUGGAUUAACUAGUGCUAGUGAUGGAGUUAAGACCAAACGUUACAUAUCUUUCGGUUAUCUUUAGUUUAUCCAUUUGAUGAAAAAAGCUUAAUUUGCUGUUAGAUAGGCAGUUUAAAACUAAAUAGUUGAAAAAGUGUUUCAUAUAAAAAUAUUGUAAAAAUGUAAAUAUCGUAUUAAAUUGUUCGAAUUGAAGUAAAAUGUAUCUAAAUGUAUUGGUGGCUGGUGUAAAUAUAGAAAUGUAAGUAUAUUACGAACCAAGCUAUUGUGAUUUGAUGAAUUUCCAAUCACCCAAUUUGGUUUACGAGAUUUAAGAUGGAGCCUCAGUCAUGAUAACUCGGCUCUGGAAUUGAAGUACAAUAUUUAUGUUCAAUACCGUAAUACCGCUUACCCAGUUAUAGCUGCAUUAGGGGCAGACAGUGACGUCACAACGAUAGAAGUUCUAGGAGAGUGAUAGCAGACAAUAUUAUAUUUACAAUUUCAAAUGUACGACUUAAGUAAGAAUUGUAAAAAUAAUUUCUAAACUGCUGAAUCCAAUAUCACACGAGGUAUAUAAGAAUAAUAAAUUUGUAAGUGUAAUUUCGUAUUGUUAAACUAUUGUCGUGUAAAUAGUGAACAUAUCUAUAAAUUUUUAUACGUAAAUUCGUUCAUUUGAAGUUGAUGUGAUUAAUUGUAAAGUUUCCGCCUAGUAGCAGGAAUGAAGCUAUGGCCAAAAACAUUUCAUUAUUAUAAGUAAAAUAGUAUAAAAAAUACUUGUUAUUUUCGCCAACAUACCUAAGCCAAUUUAGAUUAAUAGACAUUCGAUUCGAUAUGUAUAUUUUAUUAGAAUUGUACCAAAUACUAUCACGAUAUAAUUAUAUUAUUUCAAUGUAGAAUAUUGAUUCAGAAAUUUUGUAAGAAAAUCUCUAUUUCCAUAUGAAAAAGAUAUAAUUUAUUCUAAAGGGUAUCUGUCUAUGCAAACUCAAAACGCUAACUUUUAACGUCUCUUACAUUUUUAUUUCAAUAAGUGAAUUUCAUGAAAAUAAGGUUUUCAUUUCGUGGUCUAAAUAAAUGUAAUUAUAUUCCACCUCUGUGUAUCACAUUUUUUAAACGAUUAAAACUCAUGUAAUUCGGUUUCUUGUCCAUUUUCGAUAUCAGAUCUCUUAUUUUAGUGGAAUUUGUAUGCGAGUUGAAAGCUGACCGCGACUCAGUAAAUGGUAGCCUUUAAGAACGUUCAUUACCACAUUGUUCUCGUUGUCUUUGUAUAAUGAUAAAAUUCAUGUAAAUAUAUAUCGCUAGUAGUCGAGGGAAUUUUAGUAGAGCCGGCUGGGGAUAGUUGGAACAUUUGGACGUGGAUGCUCGUAGCUAGCUCGUUAUGAAGCCGAGAUCUAACGAUAAAAUGACUUAAUUUGUCCACAAAUGCUUUCAACUUGGGCUUUUACUACCUAGAGUUAGAGCAAUUUACUAGAAGGGAAUAGCCAUAUUCAGACUACGUGUUCUGCCUACUUUGAAUUUUGCCGCCAUUCCACCUUUAACAAAAGUACCAAUUUCGGUAACCUAAAGUGAAAUUAAUAUUAAAAACUGAUAAAAUUACCAACUCAACUCCCUUAAAACCUGUCUUUGACAUGAAGAAGUAAAACAAGAAGGUUGUUAUUUCAACUUUUGUUAACCAAAUGAUUACAAAGUUAACCUUUUACGAAGUCAAGCACAAAGUAUCAAAGUUACGUACUCCGUGAACUUAUAAUUAAGGGUUGAGCUUACUAUUUUAUAGGGCACGUUCCUCGGUGAGGAUAAACAGGAGACGCGACCCGAUGUGGAGAUACCUUAUACUCAACUGUAAGUCCCAACAGACCCUGAGUAAUUUAUUGUUUCUUGUUCCAUAUAUGGUGCAACUGACCCCAGCCUACUCCACUAAUUGUUGUUAUGUUCAUCUCUUGACUAAAUUUCCAUAGUAGAUAGGCCUUUAUAUGGAUGGACUUGUGCAGAAUAUAUUAACAAUGUUGUGCAAUAACAUUGUCGUUAUUACAACUUGUCGUGUACUCAUAGAUAGCUUUUAUCUAUUAAAUGUUAAAAAGACCACAUUGGAUAAUGCACAAGUCUAGCAAUUCUUCUUAGAUAGUCUGUUAAAUACGUUUUUAAAGUUUGUUAUCUGUUAUCCUAGAUACCAAAGACAUUUUUUUUCUAAAGUACUCUACAAAUGUACUUGCAUUAUAAACUAUACACAACACAUGUACGAUUGUACGACGUAUUAAAUCUGUUCUUUAAUAAGUUAAUCAAAAUCUAUUUUCACUGUAAAC